AUGGUCGCCCUCUCUAGGCCUUCAUCAUCAUCUUCAUCGUCGAUAAGAUACGACACCAUAAUCUUUGACCUCGGUGAUGUUCUCUUUACGUGGUCACCGUCGACCAAAACCUCCAUCUCUCCCAAGACACUUCGCAGCAUUUUGCAGACCACGACUUGGUUUCAAUACGAGAAGGGGGACAUUUCAGAGGACGAGUGUUAUGCUUCCGUUGCGUUGGAGAUGGCUCUCUCUUCGGAAGACAUUCGCAAUGCAUUUCAGCACGCCCGUGAAACGCUUGUCAGUCGUCCAGUCAUGGUUGAUCUGAUCAGGGAGCUCCGACCAGGGCGAAAGAUCUAUGCCAUGAGCAAUAUCUCGGCCGAGGACUUCGCCUUUCUGCAGACGAAGUCGUCAGACAUGGAUCUCUUCGACCAUUGUUUCACUUCAUCGUCAGCCCGAGAGCGCAAGCCUAACAUCGGGUAUUUUCGACAUGUCCUCGAACGCACAGGCGCUGACCCUGCGCGCACUAUCUUCGUUGACGACAAACUCGAUAAUGUACUGGCGGCUCGGUCUUUCGGGAUGACGGGUAUCUUAUACGAUGACUUCGAGAACGUAGAGCGUACUCUCCGAAAUCUUUGUUUUGAUCCUACCGUUCGGGGCGAGGCCUUCCUUAAGCAAAAUGCGGGUCAACAUCUCUCCUAUACCUCCACUGGUGUUACCAUUCACGAAAACUUUGCUCAACUUCUCAUCCUUGAAGCCACCCAUGAUCCUUCCCUGGUCAAGUACACGAAGUAUGAUGGACCAUUCAACUUCUUCCGCGGCGAAGGCGAGUUGACAACUUCAGCUUUUCCCUGUGAUGCAGACACCACAUCAAUCGGCAUCACUUGUUCAGACCACAUGUCACCUGAGAAGAAACACGAGGUGAUGGAUGCCAUCCUUGCCCUUCGCAACGCCGAUGGUAUUCCUCAAGUGUACUUUGAUUCAUCCAGACCACGGAUUGACCCGGUUGUUUGUGUCAACGUGCUCACUUUGUUUUACAAGUAUGGCAGAGGGAAGCAACUCAAGGAAUGUUUUGAAUGGGUGGAGUCUGUUCUCCGAUACCGGGCGUUCAGCGAAGGUACACGCUAUUACGAGCCUCCCGAAGCUUUCUUGUUCUUCUUGUCUCGUCUUUUUCUCGUGGCUCCAGAUGUCUACAAACGCCUGGGAACCGUGUUCGCUGAAUGCUGUCGUGAACGUAUUGGUUUGAAGGGGGAUGCCCUCGCUUUGGCAAUGCGGGUUGUGUGUUGCAACUUCGCCGGGAUCGACGCUUCUGGCGAUCUUAUGACGCUUCGUAACAUGCAAGAAAUUGAUGGCGGGUGGCCUGAUGGCUGGUUCUAUAAAUACGGGUCUAACGGUGUCCUCAUCGCCAAUCGUGGAUUCACCACUGCUCUAGCUAUCAAUGCUAUCAAGGGUGCCGGUCUACGAAUGAAGAGACCCUCGUCAAUCACGAAUCUGAAGCAGGCUUGGAAUGACACUGUUGUGAGGAUACCACAUCGGUUCCGGUCUACUGCGCAUGACCUGCACUGA